AUGGACGAAGCAGCAGCAGCAGCAGCAGCCGCAGUAGCGGAGUGCAAGAGGAAGUUGCAAGAGAUAGACUUAGGAACAGUUCGCAGGGAGAAAAUCUCAACAGGCAGCGAGAACAUCUCAACAGGCGGUCACAUUUCCAGAGAAGCUAGUCUGCAUUAUAAGCAACAUCUUGAGUUAUCUAGGAGAUCUAACGUGCGGGGCUCAGAAGAGCAACAACUUGCUGAAAAAAACAAGCCUCUGCUAGAAGCCUGGGCUAGCGAGAAAACAGACGACACCGAAGAUUUAGAACAUCUUGACCCCCUUCUAGAUGGCCAGCUCCACCGUCUGAAGCUCCUGGAUGAAUUACGGGGAGGUAGUGCACAUGGCCAACGACUUCCAGACAGAAGCCAGGGACAUUACACACCCGUUUUUCAUGAUGGAGAGAUACAGAACCCAAGUGCUUCAAAUCGAGCUGCGAACAGGGUGUUUUCUGCACCUGCAACUCAUUCGAACGGAUACCCUGGCAAAUCGACGAAGCACAAACUCAAGGCUCAGUCCCGCAGGGCACAGGAUCCGGCGCUUGAUAGGAAUAACACUGUCAACAGCGCCUACAACCAAUCGUUUCCGGCUCCAGCGAACCCACCCGGUCGCAGUGCGCACACUGCUCCAAAUCCUAAAGUCAAAACCAGACGACCUCCGCUAAGUUAUUCGGGGGUAUGCGAUCCCGCAGAGUUUCUUAAGGCGGCUGAUGAUUUGACACGCGGAGGGGAGCAGAGUUUAUUUACCCAGACGACGAAGGCUCAGGUUCAACCGAAAGCGGCUGACCGUGGUGCUGAGAGUUCUUGUCUAGCUCCAAGGUCGCCAAAUGUUGGAAAACCGCAAGACCGGAAAGACAUCACUCGCCUCACAGCUCCUACAAUUCCUGAGGACGAAACUGGUCCUGAGAACCCAGUCGGUACGCUUGUCGACUUCGACUGUGCAAUGGACUCCGGGCCUGCGCCAAGCCCAGCCCUACAAGAAUUGGAAGGGUUGGACUUUACGCAAUCUUCGGAGCUACAAAGUACUCAAUCGUCUCCUCUGGAAAUCGACACUGUUUCCAUGGACGAGAUCCUUGCUAAAGAGAUCGAGAAAGUAUACAAGCUCAUUGAAUGCACACCUUUGUCUGAUAAAAAUCUAUCAGCACUGAUUGCAUUGAAGGAGAAAUUGGAGACUUGUCUCCAAAAGCUUCGAGUCCCACAAAGAGACACAGUUCAGGGUCAGCAGCUUCUUACUUCUCCAGGUCUGGAACCUGAACAGUCGAAAACCAUUGCCCCGACGAAGGUACCUGAGGCUGUUUCACCUGUCGUUGAAAGCACCCCGACCCAUAGCCGGAAUACAUCAUACUCUAGGGCUAGCACAUCCCCGUGUCAAUCACGCUUGAAUGCGCAAGCAAGAAAGUUCACACCGAACGCGAAUCCGUUUUCGAAGUACCGCUCGCCUUGUCAUUCUACUUCUGAUUCGUCUGUAAGCCUUCAGCGCAGACCUAGUGAUGAGGUCACCGCACCCGAGUCGGAAAGCGUUUUGAGUGAUGGUACUGCCGUACCUGCUAUCGCGGAUACCCCCUUACCGGAGCCGCACAGCCCUGUCCUUAAUCUCAUUUACAGCAACCCUCUGCUAUAUGGCCCAUUUCAUCUAUACGGUGACCAUCUACUCCCUGGGCAACAACGGUUAACACCGCCCUCUGCAGUAGCACCUACAUACUCUGGGACAGCUGACUCAAUCUAUGCUCCCAAAGCCUCUAAGCAAUCAACUCCUACUUUCGCUAAACCCCCGCCUACGAAACCAGUCAAGAUUGUGGAUCCUAAAACCUUAGUCUCGAAAUCUCCAAACUGUGCUUCGCCGGCGCAGAGCGCAGAACCAGCAAAGGACGGCCUGACACUUCAACCCAGAAAAACAAAACAGAAGAAGCCCCAACAGAUUUCUCUGCAGGAGUCUAUGUAUGCGCCGCGCUACACAGAUCCAAAAUGGCUUUGA